AUGCUCGUCGAUGCCGGAAUACCAGAGGUAAAGUUGCAUGGCCGAAAUGGUGAUGCAUCCCAUGGCUCACUGUCAGCAGGAUCCAGACGGUGUAGUACGCAUAGCCAGCCAGCAGGAGGAGGAGCAGCGACCAGGACAGGAGUCGCUGUCCCAUACUCUUCAUGGCCUGUGCAAGCCUCGCAUUGUUUUCAAGCUGGGGACGAGAGGGAAUAUGGAUCGGUUCGCUGCUGUCAGGUGGCCUAG